AUGACUAUAAUUAUUGACGACCCAAAAAAGCACCAAGAUCCUACAGCAGGAACCUAUGUUACAUAUCUUAUUACCACUACAACUACCUUAGAAACCUUCAGGAAUAGUGGCCAACCUUGUUCAGUAAGACGUAGGUUUCAAGAUUUCGUAUGGUUGCAUAAUACCUUGACUAUGGAAUACCCGGCUUGCAUUGUGCCGCCCCUUCCAGACAAGCAUCGACUGGAAUACAUUAAGGGAGAUAGAUUUAGCUUUGAGUUUAUAACAAAACGAAAAUUGAGUUUGCAAUGGUUUAUGAACAGAAUAUCAAGGCAUCCUAUACUUCAGUGUUCUCAGAGUACAAGGCUAUUUCUCGAAUCCAAUGAUUUUGUAACUCAAUCGACAUAUGUUCCUCCGACUACUUCGUUAAUUAAUUCUAUAGGCGAUACUUUAGUUAAUGCAUUUGUUAAACUAAAGAAACCAGACGAAAAGUUUGAAGAGAUGAAAGACAUUGUAAAUAGAUUGGAAGACAACCUGAAUACUAUUGAAAGGCUUUAUUUGAGAAUCAAUAAGAGACAACGAGGCAAAGAUUAUACAAAUUUUGCCAAUAGUGUGCAAGGGUUAUCAGCAUUAGAGACGAAUAUAAGAAAUUCACUGCACCAAUUUGCAGAAACUUGCAAAGCGUAUUCAAAAGUGAUGAAGGAAAUGUCAGAAAAGGAAGAGCUCUUGUUCUUGAAUGAAAUACAUGAGCUUAUUGCUUAUUGUCAUGCAGCAAAAGAUGUUUUAAAAGCAAGAGAUCAAAAGCAGCUCGAUUUUGAAGAGUUAUCACGAUAUUUGGAUCAGGCGGUUCUAGAGAAGGAAAGGACGCUACAUCCUAGGUUCAGUGAUCGCGGAAAUAUUACAGAAUAUGUAGCAGACAAGAUAAAUGAAGUGAGAGGAAUUAGCAUGCAACAAGCAAAACGAGAAAAGCUUGCAAGACUAGAAAGAAAGAUAGACGAGCUUCAAAAUGAAGUAUUAAGGACUAGUGAUGAAUCAGCAGAGUUCUCAAGCCAGGUUGUAGAAGAAUUUAGCUUAUUUCAAAAGACAAAGCUACUUGAAUUGAAGCAAGGUUUAUUAGCUUAUGCAGAUUGUCAUAUUGAUUUUUUCCAAAAGGGAAUGGAUAUCUGGGAGAGGAUAUUACCUGUCCUAGAGAGUAUAGAUAGUGAAAAAGGAGACGGCGAGGUCACUAUGUAA